AUGGCCAUCAUCGACGAAGUAGAAAUAGAGGGAGCUGGAAUAGAAACAGACACACAUGAUCGAAGUUUUGAUAAUGGAGAUUUUGACAAUGGAGAUUCAGAUUCAGAGGAAGGUUUUGAUGAUGAUGAUCAUGAGGGUGGGACUGAUUCAGAACAUGAUGGGGAUGACUCCGGUGAGUCAGAGGACAAUGAAUAUGGUUCACAAUCAGAGCAUGAUGAUAAUGAUGGUCAUGGUUCGAAUGAUGAGGAAUCCCAUACUUCAGUUGUGGAUCCUGCUAAUACAAUUGGUAUAGAUGGACCGGAGGACAUGGGUAAUGUUGAUUUCAGGAAUCUGAGUAGGGAAGAUUUAAUGAAGUAUCACUUUGUAGAUCGUGAAGUUGCUUUCACAUUUUACAAUUGGUAUGCAAGGUUGAGAGGAUUUUCAGCUCGUAAAAGCAGGCUAUUGUGUAAUAAAAAAGGUGUUCCGAUUCAGCAGACACUUGUUUGUUAUAGGCAAGGGCUGAAGGAGAAGAGAACUGUGGAUGUUAAUAGACUGAGACGCCGAUCAAGGAAGAACGUGAGGUGUGGGUGUCAGGCCUUAUGUCGUGUUCACAUUGAUUAA